UAUGAAGGCUGCAUUUUGAGCUGAUUUUGAGCCAAACUCGCUAACUUUAGGUUGUUUUUGAUGUGAGAGAGAUGAGAAGAUACUACGCACGAUUGUAUAAUGUAUUUAUCGUUAAUGCCACAUCUUUGUGCUUGUCGAAACAUCAACAGGUGACAUUGUCGCGGUGAAUCUAUUAAAGACUAACGUUAACUUUUCUUGCCUAACGUUAGUUAGUUAACUAGCUAGGAUAGCUAGCAUAAGUAGUUAUUGCGUGUCUUUGGCUAGUCUCACUGGAUUGUACUGAGUUAACUUAUCCUCAGCUAGGCUAGUGCUAGUUACCUGCUGUCUACAGGAAUCGAAAAAGUUAUGUCUUCAAGAGCCUGGCAGCAUCCUUAUGUCAACAUCUUCAAACAUGUGCGCGUGGAGGAGUGGAAGAGAUCUAGCAGGGAGGGAGACGUCACCUCCUACAUGGACAAAACCCUCAAGUGCUCCGUGUUCCGGAUCCGUGGCUCGGUUCCGGCCAGCAACUACAUCCUGCUGCCCAAGAGCAGCAGCCAGUCUCUGGGCCUGACUGGGCGCUACUUCUACCUGCUCUUCCGGCCCUCUCCAGGGAAACACUUCGUGGUGCACCUGGACGUGGUAGCAGAGGAGGGUCAGGUGAUCCGGGUGUCUUUCUCCAACAUGUUUAAGGAGUUCAAAUCCAGCUCCACCUGCCUGCAGCUCCCCUUCAUCUGCGGCUCAGCACAGGGCUCUGUGUACGAGAGCACGGCACACACGGCCAAACAAGGUCUGGUGGGACCUGCUCCGACGUGUGUGCGCUGGGUGUGUUUGGUGAUGGACCUGCGUUACCUGGUCUCUGUCUACCUGAACCGUCGCUACAGCCACCUCAAGGCACUGAAGCUGUGCGCCAACAUGAGCGUGAAAAACACCAUGACCAGCGACCUGCUGCUGGACCCAGGUGUGUGCUACUCGGUGGUGAAGCGUGGUGGUGUGGUGAUGGAGGAGGGCACUGCCCCGAUGCCCAGGGAGAUGAGCUUCCCUCUGCCCAAGGGCUGCACCUGGCACGACCUCUAUGACUACAUCAGGUUCCCCUCUGACGGAUUGAAGAUGCCAUUUGAUUCCAUUCAGAAAGGCGCAACUAACCAAGCAAAAACUGAUGUCCGUGGUAGCCCGGAUAGGCAGGAGAGCUUGUGUGUGGACCUCAGCAAACCUGUUCGCGACAGAGUCUCUCUCAUCCAGCAGAUCACCACUCCCAGACCUCGGCUGAAGCAGAAGAAGGUGACCCUGCUGACCCCGUCUCUGCCUGAGGUGGCGCCGCUGAGCACGGCGGGGGCGGGGGGAGAUGGCGGGUGUGUGGACGACGGAGGGGUGCACGUGUUCGCCCCGCCCCUGGACCAACACCAAGACGUCAUCACUGUUCGCUCGCCAGUCUCACAGCCCCACUCGCCACUGCUGGAGGUGAUGGCUGCUGAAGUGUCCCGUCCCAUCUCUUUGCCUGCCUCCAAAGCCAGUAAACAAGCCAGCAAGCAACGGAAGCUGCACCCUGACCCAAUACUACAUCUGAAUAAGAUCAUCGGAUUUGGAGGCAAAACCAUGAAGAAUGUGGUGUGGAACAGGCUGGGCGACGAGGUCCUCUAUCCCUGCCACGCCGUCAUUAUCGCCAUGAAGAUCGGCUCUGGGAAGCAGCGCUUUUUCAUCGGUCACACAGAUAAGGUCUCCGCUCUGGCGCUGAAUGGCGGCUGCUCUCUCCUGGCGUCGGCGCAGGCGGACACACACACACUGCUGCGCCUGUGGAGCUAUGAGACGGGCCAGUGUCUGGCCCUGGUCAACACACACGCACACUCCCUCAGUAUCCUCAGCUUCUCCUACAGUGGAAGGGUCUUGUGUGGAGUGGGGAAGGAUGGACACAACAAAACUAUACUUGUAGUAUGGAACACAGAGAGUGUGACCCAGAAGGGAGUAGUGUGUGUCCUGGGUAAAGCACACACAGACGUGGACAUCCGAGCUCUUCAGAUCACCUGCUGUGAUGAGACCCGGAUGGUGUCGUGUGGGUUGGGAAACGUGCGCCUGUGGCGGUUGAGGGGCGGUGCUCUGCGCUCCUGUCCACUGAACCUGGAUCAGUUCCACAGCCUGGAGUUCACAGACCUCGAUCUGCUGCACUCACACACUGCAGACGCAGCUGAAGAACACACACUGUUUGUGAGCAGUAGGAGUGGCCACGUGCUGGAGGUGGACUACGCUGCUGUGGCCAUCAGGAACGUCAGGAGACUCCUCCCCACUCAGCCAAGCCACGCCCAGCGCCGAGAGAAGCACACUUUCAGCACAGGUCCAGGUAUUGCAGUGAACAGCAUCAGUGUGUGUGAGGCAUUCUGUGCCACUGCAUCUGAGGAUGGCUACCUGAGGCUCUGGCCCCUCGACUUCAGCGCAGUCUUCCUGGAGGCAGAGCACGAGGGGCCGGUGUGUCACGUGUGCAUCUCGGACGAUGGCCUGAAGGUGCUGGCGUCCACCAGCAUCGGCAGCUUGGGCUACCUGGACGUGGCUAGCCGCGGUUACAGCACGCUGAUGCGCUCGCACACGCACACGGUGCUCGGCUUCAGCAUCGACGGCCUCCGCCGCCACAUCACCACCGCCUCCAGCGACGGCACCGUGCGCGUCUGGGACAUGGACUCCAUGCAGCAGUUGUAUGACUUCCUGUCUGAGGACACUCCAUCCUCGGUGGCGUUCCACCCCAGCCUCCCCGUCUUCUGCUGUGGCUCCAGCUCCGGACGCAUCCGCGUCUUCAACAUCACCUCCGCCAGCAUGCUGGCCCAGCACCGGAAGCACACCGAGGCAGUCGUGGGCUGUGUUUUCUCUCCUGACGGAGAGUGCUUGUUCAGUGGUGGCGCUGAUGGAUCCUUGGCCCUUUAUAAUUCAGCACACCAGGAGCUUCCAGCCAUCCGGGUGCUGGGUAAUGUGUUGGCACGAGGCUCAGAACGUGCCCCUGAUGCAUUGGUUGUCAGCGGCGACAGCUCCAGGCUGGCAUUCAUCGGCCCCACACAGCACACCGUGACCAUCAUGGAUGCCCGCUCACUUGAUGAGAUGUUGCGUGUGGACGUCAGCAUCCUGGACUUGGACAGCCCCAAACUGGACUGUGCUCUUAAGGUCUGCUUUUCUCCUCCCAAACCGGGACACCUGCUCAUCUCCACCUCCGCAAACAAGAUCCUUUACGUCAACACACACACCGGCAAGCUGCUGAAAGAGGUGUGCGAUGUUCAAAAGAAGUGCUGCUGGUCGCUAGCGGUCAGUGAGGAUAGCCGGUUCCUCUUGACCGCUGGGUGUAACACACUAAAGGUCUGGGACUACAACAUGAGCCUGGACGUCAACUCCCAGGUGUUUAUUGGCCACUCUGAGCCCAUCAAGCAGGUGAGCUUCACACCUGAUCAGAUGGGUGUGGUCUCUGUGGGCGACGCCCUCUUCUUUUGGGACUUCCUGGCACACCCUCAAGAAGCAAUGCUACGGUCUCCUGCCAUCUUGGUGUCUCCUCCCAAACCAGGCCCAUCAGGUGACUCGGGGGCGUUGACCAAUGGAUUGCGGCUGUCCGCUGGGAUGCCCCGAGGCCCAGCUCCCCUUCCCUCGUUCGACCUGAGCUCUAUUGAGAGGCCAGCUCACGAUGCACUGGAGGACCUUUCUCUAAAUGAGGACGCUCACGAUGCCUUACGACGUAGCCCCUCCCCUUCGCCGGCUCCCAGCCCCACCCCCAAACACGCCUCCUUCCUCCGGGUCACUGAUAGGUCAGCGAGCAGAGCCUCUCCAGACAAGCCAGCCAAUCAGCUGAGAGAAAACGACUUUGGGACCUCCUCAAAGGCGGAGCGUCCGGACUGCUACAAACACUUCACACCACGUUACAACGCCUCCACCCCAGAGCAGAAUAAUGUGGCCCCUCCCCCUGGAGAGGAGGGACUGAGACUGAAAGCUGUGAUUGGCUAUAAUGGCAACGGGCGUGGCAAUAUGGUGUGGAACCCUGACACAGGUCUGUUUGUGUACACCUGCGGCUGUGUGUGUGUGGUGGAGAACCUGCACACAGGCUCUCAGAGGCACUGGCUCGGACACACGGAGGAGAUCUCCACCCUCGCCAUCUCCCAUGAUGCUCAGUUAGUGGCGUCAGCGUCUGGGAGCGGUGCCUCAUCGAAGAGCCUCAUCUGCAUAUGGAAUGUCACAGACGGUUCCCGGAGAACCAGCAUGUCGUUCCAUAAGGGCGCAGUGCAGAGUAUGGCCUUCGCCAGGGAUGACCGCUACUUCCUGUCAGUGGGUGACUUCAGUGAGCAGGAGGUGGCGCUGUGGAGCGGGAGCUGCUUCGAGCUGCUGUGUCGCGUGACGGCGCCGUGGGCGCUACACGAGGCCCGCUUCAGCCCCGCCAUCGACGGCCUGCUCGCUUGCGUCGGAGCUUCCGGAACUCUCUUCUGCACCAUACACACACAGGGCAUGCAGACAGAACUCCAGGUGCAGAGUGUGUGUGUGCCUGACGAUGUAGGUGACGCGGAGCUGACAUCUCUGUGCUUCAACGCCAACGGGCUGCUCUUUACGGGCACCAGUGGAGGGCAGGUGUGUGUGUGGGACUGCAACACACACCGCUGCUUCAUGAGCUGGGAGGCAGACGAGGGAGAGAUCGGGGUGUUGCUGUGCUGUGGCAAUAGGCUGGUGUGUGGGAGCAACAGCAGGCGUUUGAGGCUUUGGUCAGUGGCUGCUGCUCAAGCACUAAGAGCCCAGGAUGCGGAGCGAUCUCAGGACAGCCCUGCGGUGCUUCUGGAGCAAGAGAUGCAGCUUGACGGGGCCGUGGUCAGUGCCACCUUUGAUGACGUCAUGGAUAUGGGCAUUGUGGGCACCACGACGGGCACCCUGUGGUACAUCAACUGGACAGAAAGCACCAGCAUACGGCUCAUCAACGGACACAAGAGCAAGGUGAAUGGUGUAUUAUUCAGUCCGGACGAGAGCCGCUUUGCUACCUGCGGACAGGAUGGAAGUUUGAGAGUCUGGACGUCGCCUAGUAACGAACUGUUGGUCCAGUUCCAGGUGCUCAAUCAGAGCUGUGAGUGUGUGUGCUGGAACCCUGGGAGCUCGGUGACUGCGGUGUGUGUGUCGGGGGGUUACAGCGACGGGACGGUGCGAGUCUUCAACCUGAACUCGUCUGAGAUGGAGCUGAAGCUGCAGCCCCAUGCCACCGCGGUGUCCGCCCUGCAGUACUCCUGCCACGGUCUGGUGCUGUUGUCAGCAGGACGAGACGGUGUGAUUGCUGUAAUCAGUCCAGUUACUGGGGCCACACUGCGCAUUAUUAGUGAUCACAAAGGGGCUCCCAUUACCGCCAUGCAAAGUGUCAAAAAACAGUAUAAGGAGUUUGGGCUUCAGGGCGAUGAGCUGUGGUUGGCAGUCAGUGCUGAUAGGCGUGUCAGUGUGUGGGCAGCUGAUUGGAAGAAGGACAAAUGUGAGCUACUUGAUUGGCUGAGUUUCCCCGCCCCAGCUGCCCCUGAGUAUGGGGAAGUCUUGCCACCAAGCCUGGCUGCCUUCAGUCCUUGUGAGCGAGGGGUCCUAGUUUACACUGGCUAUGGAGUGACAAAAGAGCUCACCUUCUACUGCCUGAACAAAAAACAGGUCCUGAGAACCAUUUCUUUGUCAGAUUGGGCUCUUUCCUUAAGUCUCUGCUCUAAGGAACGACUACUUGCUGUCGGCUCAAAGCACCGUGUGAUGAAGUUGCUUCACAGCUCCUCGGGUCGUUUUCAGGACUUCACCCCUCAUGGCGACUCCGUCCAGCUCUGCUGCUUCUCCCCUUCAGGAAAACAGCUGCUUACCUGUGCUCACAAUGAGAUACUCCUCUGGAGCACUCAUAGCCUUUAACACACACACACACACAAUUUUUCAGAAGGAUUUACACACAUGCCAGAUAUCCCAGACACACAGAAACACAAUCUCAGAGAGUCAAGUACCUGCAUGCAAACACACACACAUGCACACAGAGCCUAAAUGCACUCAAUAGGUCCAUUUGUGUGCACAAGCAUACACACCUAUGCAACAGCACAUAACAGGAUUAACUUUAGGAAUGUUUACUAAGUUGCAACAUGUGGAUAUAUCCAAAGAAGGCGCAUAAAUACAGGCACUACAAGUAUGCAACAUACUAUUUAAAUGCAUUCUAUUUGUGAUUUUCUAGGUCUCUUUACUGAAGGUUGUAUCUGUUAAUAUACCUUUUUGUUCUUUUGCUGAUACCCAGAGCCUGAAAGUACAUGUGCCUUGUGUUAUGUCCAUGUAUGGUCAUGCAUUUUUAUAUGUAGGAAUUUUUGUAAUUGUGCUGUCUAUCAAUGUGCUUUUUUUUAGUGUUUUAUACAUCUUAAAUCUUGUCAGAAAGACAUGUAUUUGUACUGUUUGAAAACUGUUUUUAAAUAUGUGUUUUUUACAUUU